AGAAUGCUGCUUACCUGUGCGCCAAAACGCCAAUGUUGCCUCACCUGGACCGUCUGCGAUGGAGAAAAUCAGAUGAAAUAUGAUGAGGAUAUUAUCUUUCUGUGCACUUUUUUCGACGAAGGGAAGAAGUAGCAGAGCUGAGCUGAGACUAAGUUUCUCCAACCAAGGUGUAUUUAUUCCAAACAGAAAAUAACAGCAGCAGCAGCUCCACAGGUUUUUUCAAUGCAUCGCCAUCCCAUCAUGUGGUAAUCUUCUUAGCUUUAACCAGAAGAUCGUGAACAACACUUUGAGCGGCUGACCUCAUCAACAGUCUUGCACCUGCACCAGCUGCUGACAUGGCCCACCCUUACGAGCCUUGGUUACGGACAGCACCACCUAGUGGCAGCUCAGAAGAUAUGAACAUCCCAUCCUGGUGGGACCUCCACAGGGAUGUCCAGCCAGGGAGCUGGAUAGACCUGCAGACGGGGCAGGGUGUGGGCUUGCCUUCAGUGAGUCCAGGGAGCUCAAUGGGGUUACAGUCCUCUUUAGGCCCCUACGGCUCUGACCCGCAGCUGUGCACCCUGCCUCCAGCUCAGCACGCUCCCACCUCGCACUCAUCCCACCUCUUCCCCCAGGAUGGCUUCAAGAUGGAGCCACUGGCCCCUGAAAUGCUGCAGCAAGAGCCGUUCUCCAUGGAGGAACCACAGGAGAACGUUGUCUCAGCCCGCCCCAAGCCCCAGCGCCGCUCCUCUUCCAGAGGUGCUGGCCAGGCUGUGUGUCGCUGCCCUAACUGCGUCCAUGCCGAGCAGUUGGGCCAAAGCACUGACGACAGCAGGAGGAAGCACAUGCACAACUGCCACAUCCCCGGCUGUGGCAAAGCCUACGCCAAGACCUCCCAUCUGAAGGCUCACCUGCGAUGGCACAGCGGGGACCGGCCAUUUGUCUGCAACUGGCUCUUCUGUGGCAAAAGAUUCACACGCUCUGAUGAACUGCAGCGCCACCUACAGACCCACACUGGUGCUAAGAAGUUCAGCUGUGCAUUAUGUCCUAGAGUGUUUAUGCGCAAUGACCACCUGGCCAAGCACAUGCGCACACAUGAGUCCCCACCAGGACAUGGGGAGGAGAGGGUGAAUGGAGAUGGGAGGAUGGAUAAGGGCUUUGAUGCACCCACACCUCCUCAGUCAUCCUCACAUGUGUCUGCGUCUGACACCACAGAGCCCCCACUGAAGCUGAAAUGUGAGACAGACCCCUCAGUCUCCAGCGUGACAGGGCAGUCCGGCUAAUUUCAUCACUUUCAGUGAAUUUUUUGCAGUUAAAGGUUUACCAUUUGUUCACCUCUUUGUCAUAGAGGUGUCAUAGUUUUACGAUAGAAUAGCGAAUAGAAAAAGGUUUGGACAAACUUUUACUGAUGAAAGUCAGAUGGAACAGAAAGUGUUCGUCUGUGGUCCUGUGAAUUUAUCAGUGGGGCUAGCUCAGUGAUAAUCUAAAUGCACGCAGAAAAAACAACAGGAAUUUUACCGUGGAUAGAGCUUUCCUCUGUUUACUAAAAGUGAAAGGUGGCUAAGGAGGCAACCAAGCUGAAGCUGCAGCUUGUUGCUGGAUUGCUGCUAGAGCCACUACUACCAGUAGAGCAAGAGACUGGCAUGAGAUCAACUGAAGGUGGCUUGUUAACUUGUUUACAAUUAAAUGAAUCAAGUGUGUUACUGGAAGAGUUGGAGAAAUGUUUCUCUCCAACACACUUUAAUUUACCAGUUUCGAAGGCAGCGUGCUUUUGAACGGAGAAAGGAAACAGUGAUAUUUUGUUUUUGUUUCACACUGGCACCAUAUGUGUGUAGUCUACAGUGCAAGUUGUGAUAAGACACUGGAAUAUAAUACAGCAUUUUCUUGUUUUAUUAACGUCAGUAUCCAUAUGGAUAAUUGACAGUUCUUACCACAAAAAUGUGUGUGUGUGUGUGUGUGUGUGUGUGUGUGUGUUGGUAUGUAAGUAAAAUGAAAGUACAACAGACAAUCACGCUUUACCAUAAUGCUGACAUAAUAAUAUAAUAUGAUAUAAUAUAACAUAAAAUAAUAUGAUAUAAUAUUUUUUAAAUGGGAGUUUCAUGAAGACUACUAUUUACAAAAAUAGUGUGUUUCUGUCACCAUCAUAGUUUUGGUGGCAAAACACUUAAUUCAUGAGAAUGAUCAUACAGUAGGAGAAUGUGAAAACUGGUUCAGGUUACCAAAUGGAAAGCAACAAUGCAAACAGCCAUUAAGUGUGACAAUGAUGUGAAAAAGAUAAACUCACAACUAACUGAACAUAAAAAAUGAGUGGCUGAGGACAGUGACGCCCUGGACUCUGGCAGGUAAGAACAAGAAGAUAAAGCUGAGCGUCAUGAUCACCAAAGCUGGACAUCAUCCUAUGAAUCUUGGUCUCUGUUGCAAAAUGCAAUAAACAAUAAACACGACUCCACAGAUCCACCAUGUGAACACUACAGGCUGCUGUGUUUAACGAAACUUCCAGAAAGGUAGUUUACUCCAGUGGCCUCAAGAUUUAAAGCUGCACUAAUUAAUGUUUUCAUAUUAACAAAGGAUCAAAUUACUCUGUUGAAGUGAUGAAUUUACAGAGAAUUAUCACUCAAUGAAGACCAAAGCGAGCUAAAAGGAGAGGGAGUAUUGGCCAAACACAACUCCAGACGAAUGCCAACUUUUUGCUCUGUUUGCUGGAUGUGUAAUUAGGUGACAGUUUGUUACCCAGCUCACUAUAAUGUCUUUUGAAAGUGCUAAUAUGUCAAUAUCAGCUUGUUCCGCUGCCCCCAAGUGGCAGAAAUAAUUCAUUGAUACAGCUUUUCAUACUGUAAAAGAAAAUCUUGAAAGAAUAUGCCUUGAAUUCAUGCCUCAAAAGGUUCAGGCGGUGGUGGAAGCAGAACAUUGUCCUUCCAGUAAUAUCCAGGUGUAACUCAUUCAGUGGGUUUAUACAGUUUCUCCAAAUAUCAUCAGCUUGAUUUUCCAUUUGCAUGUCAGAUCAAGCUGUUGUCCCAAUCAUCAACAAAGAAUGUGUGAGGGGCUCAUCUCUCAACACAUUUUAAUAACAACUUGUGGUGUGUCUAAACUUUUUCCAUGUUCGCUGACUCUGACAAAGAAAAUAAAACUCUUUUUUUUUUAACAUUACAACCAUUUGACUUUGAAUUAGUAUGCAGAGAAAGACUGUUAGCAGUCCAGUAAAUAAAAUUAAAUGCAUUUGAACAACACACGCAUCAGAAAUGGUUUAGGUUACUUGUUUUGAAUAGUUAACUUUCAUAAUCAAUAUUAUGUGAUCAAUAGUUCUGUAGCAAGCAGUGUGAGUGGCUUUACAGUUAAAAACACUAUUAGGAUGUAUGUAAACCAUCACAGACAUUAGGCUGAGAUUUCUAUAUAUAUUAGGGAGCUUAUUGGAGGCUCACGAUUGCUGUAUUUAUGUAUAGAAGAUAAAAAUGGAAGACAUUGCUUAAACAUUAGUCAAUUAUUGUGCAUUGACUAUUAUUAUUAUUUUUUGUUGAUGUUGUUAUAGAUAGUAUUUUAUGUUGGUCAGUAGAACAAGAUGGACAACCUUUUUAAAUUGGUUGCUUUAGUAAAUGUUUUAGUUGACUGUAAUGAAAUAAGUUCUAAAACGUUUAAUAAGUUAAGUAUCAUGGUGUGAUAACUUGUAUUUAAUCUAUUAUUGUCCUUUAUUAAAUAAAAAAACCUAUAUUCUGUG